AUCUACUCAACAAAUUGCCAUGUUUUGAUCUCUUCAUGUCACACAGAGUCUUAAUUUGUUGGGUUCGAGUUCUGUUUUGUGCAUGAAAUGGAAUCGAUAUCUCCUAAUAAUAUAUUUGUACAAUGCCGAAUAUGUCACAAUGAAGAUGAAGAGUCACACAUGGAAACACCAUGUUCAUGUUCUGGCACCCUCAAGUAUGUACAUAGAAAUUGUGUUCAAAGAUGGUGCAAUGAGAAAGGCGAUACUACCUGUGAGAUUUGCCUAAAGCAAUUUACACCCGGCUACACUGUCCCCCCACCACCUACUUCCUCAUUCCAUGAUGGUGGAUCUCCAAUAAAUUUCGGAUGGAACUAUUGGGAGACUUCAAGAAGAGUUCACAAUAGCAAUAAUCAGUUUGUAUCAAUGUUUGGUGCUGAUAAUCAUGAACCUGACAUUGAAUAUUCAACACCUUCUACAAGGUCCAUGAUAUGCUGCCGCAUAGUUGCCACUAUUUUUCUUGGUCUUAUUGUUUUAAGGCAUACACUUCAAGUUAUACUGAUACUCAGUGAAACAGAAGAGUAUUCAUUGACAGUGUUUAUGCUAUUACUGUUGGGAAUCCUUGGGAUAUUGAUUUCGAUACAUACGAUGAUCAAAGCUAACUACUAUGGCCCAAGGACUUCAAUACCAGAUUCAUCAUUCCCCUAUUUCAUCACGUGAAGAGUGUAAAUCAUACUGAUGAUUCCAUGCUACAUGGUCAAUUUCGGAUGAAGAAAUUGCUUUGAUGUUGAAAUAUUUGAUGAAAACUGUGAUCAAUUUGUAUAAAGGGCAAAUCAUGAAUGCCUAAAUUAUAGAGAAAAUUAACGUUGUAUGCUUAACUUGUAUGCAAAAAUAAACCAACAUGGAAAAGAUCAUAAGCAUUAUUGAUGA